AUGAACAGUGUUAAUUCAAGAGUUUUUGUUAACAAGGUAGUAUUUGUUACUGUGGGGUAUACAGACUAUUACAGUAUGUCCAGAUCCAGCAAAAAAUAUUCUUAUGUCUGGAGCUUAAUGGCCAACAUAACGAAGAAACAGAUGACUCGCCUUUUGUGGCAGAUGACACUUAGAAAAACAAUCUGGAAGAAAUUACUGACAACUCAAAGAAAAUACAUAUUGUAUAAAUAA